AUGAAAGCGCAAAAUGCCAUUGUGCGGAUCAUUGUCAGGACAAGUCGAUAUAAUGCCCUCCAGUUUCCGUUCCAGAUAGACUUCAGACUCAACAGCACAGUCUCGUGGCUCCCAGGGUACGAGAGAAACUUCGAUUUCUCAUUGAUGAAGCGCUUGAAUAAGAUGACAUCAACAGGUACAGUCAAAAAUACUUCACCGUCAUGUAUUGACGAAGUUCAAGAGACCUUGUCAAACCAAUUCGAUUUGCAAGAAGACAAGGCAAUUGCAGUGGUUUAUACCGAGACAACGGUGCGCCCGGGUUGA